AUGUACACUUUCGAUAAGACUCACUCUAUAAUGUGUUUGGCUAGACUGCCAAAUGUAGUGAGCGUUCCCGUGGCUUAUGGGGAUGAUAAUUCGCCACUAGGAGUGAUAGAUUUGGGUACCUGUUUACAAGCAGUUAAUGAAUGUUCACCUGAGCUAAUAGCUGGAACCUCGUGUAAAGAUUACGCCGUAUACUCAGUGGAUUUCACAGAACCCGACCAACCAUUAGUAGGUCAUGGCAUGUUAUCAUGGGUCACUUUACAAAGAUUAUCGCAAAAUUCAGCUCCAGUUUGGUUGGCAGGAAAAGUUACAAACAACAUUCUUCCCUUGUAUGCGGCAAAAGAAACUCUCGAGGUUCACCUCCGAUUGUUUCCCUUGCAAGAUACAAACCAAGACGACUACUUAGCAUCAAUAAGGGUAUACGAAUCUUUAGCUAAAAAUCUUCCCAGCGAUUUCAACCACCCUGCGUGGGCUAGAUUUGUCAGUUCAAACGCAGGCAUACUAAAUCUCGACGAAAAUAGAAAUGCCCAACCAACUUCGAACCAAAUGCAGAAUCUGAAUCGAAGUAAAAGUCAAAUCCUAACACAGACUCAAGGCGAGACACAGAAUCAGCAUUCGCGUCAGAUACAUGUACAGAACUCGAACCAAUCACAACCUCAGAGUUUACAACAUCAGGCAAAUCAACAUAAUCAGAACCAGAACAAUCACUCGAUGGCUAAGAGGAGUUAUAGUCUGCGGGAGGUGAAUGCCAAUACGGACAAGUUGCACGAAGCGGCUCGUCGCAAUUCGACAAGUUCGAGACCCGCUAGUGUUACUCCCUCAUCACCAAUACUACAAGCACCGAAACGCUACAAGUCGCUAGCAAACGAUUCUGCCCCUCAUCCAUACUAUCCUGCAUCUUCACCACCCCCAACUACUUCGAACACUUAUGGAAGCCACAAUCAACACCGACACAUACGUGCUUCGAGCCCUAUUCGAACAUCGGAUAACCACAGCAAUUCCAACUCAAAUGUUAUCUCAACACAGAAGGGUCUGAUUCGCCUCAGCUCUAUUGACUUAUCAUCGGCAUUCAACGAUAGUAUCAAGAGUACAAAUACCUCAAAUUCAACAGCCCCACCUGCACCAGCUACAAGUUCAUCAUCAAGUAGCACUACCAGAGCCAGAGGUAGAAGACGUCGAGCAAAAGAUGACGACGGAUCGGGUGUUGAUGUUGUUGUUCAGUGUGAUAAUUGUGGUACUACCAAAACGCCCACAUGGAGACGAGUUAAGACCGGGGAUAAAGAUCGAAACUUGUGCAACCCUUGUGGAUUAUGGUAUCAAACCAAGAAGACAAUGAGACCAGAAAGCUUGUGGCACAAUGCUGCCAAGAACUCCAAGAAAAAGGCGGGCGCAAAUAAUGGAGAUAAUGCCAACAACGAUUCCAGUAAUGGCAACGGAAAUACCGUGACAAGUAGUUUGUCUGCCACAGCUCGUGGCCCUGUGGGACCCUCGACGGCUCCUAACUCAUCCUCUGCGAAUGCAGUUACUCCUGUACCCAAUACGAAGCCUAGCUCAAGUUCGUCAAUACCAGCGACGUCAUUGACAAAUAACGCUAGUCGACUUGAUCCCUCAUCAACUUCACCAGCGGAUGGUGCUUCUAUUUCUAGAAGCUCAACACCAUCAUCAGCUACGCCAAACGUGGAAACCACUGGUGGGGAUACCAUCGACUAUACGGGAAAUGGCCCCUCCCCUGAUCCCGUUUCUAAGCCCGCCAAAGAAUUGACGACAAACCUGUCCCAACCUCUGCAUUUGCCUUCACAGAACACUGCUUCCAUGCUUCCUCCUCUUAAAGCUGCUAAUAGCGAAGCUGUUGAUGAUGAGUCUGACAAGGAGAACAGACGCCCGACAUCUGAUCAGAGUACUAAUCCUCAUGGUCACGAGCCUGAUACAGCUGAUAUUGAUUCACUGUUCGAAACUCCAAAAAAGAAUCGGAUCCGCUCUGACAUUCCGAUGGGUUCGAUUACUCCUACUUCCAAAUGGAUUGCUAAACUGAUUCAGCCUCGUUCAGACGAUGAUGAUGUUUUCAAGGCAUUUUUGGACUCACCCUCUAAACGUGCUCUUGGUGGCGUCAGCAGCUCCAAUGGAAACCGCCAAGAUCAAUUAAGCUCAGUGGUUUCCGAUAUGACUUUCGAUGGUUCUAUGGAUAACUCCAGCAUUCCUUCAGAACCACUUAUGAUGCCUUCGUCACCACCAACCUCGUUCUUCUAUUUGUAUGAUGAAACCACUUCCCAUUGGCCCACUAAGCAAUGGGGCCAUGACACGGGGACAGCACAUGUAACACCAUCAGAAUUCGAUGAAGAUGAUGCUGGUGCUCCUACCGUUAAAUCGUUACAGUGA